UGUCACUGUAUGAGUCCACGCCAACAGAAUGAGUAAAUAUUGUUACUAGGAGCAAUGCGAACACAGAGCUGACGAGCAAGUCAUUAAUACUGUACAGCCUACUCUGGCCCAACACUCUUUACACAAGAACAAUCCCUGUUUAAGCAGAGCUAUAAACAAUUGGAUGACAGCAGGGACACCUGAGCAUUCAGAGCCGGUACACGGGACAGAAAGCAUCUACAGUCACGUUCCAAAGGAACGCACAGCCCCAUGGCCUGAAAUUUUGCACAAACGCUUUCAUCUUUCCUCUACAGGAACUCAUCUUUGCUAUUGUACAUUAAAACUUAAUUCAUCUACGCUAUUUUGGAUUUCACAAGGAUUGGUCUUCAAUCACACAUUGAACUAAUAAUGCUCCUUUUGACUUAUAUAUUCAGCUAUGUUCUCCUGUUGGGAUCUGUAUCCCGUUUGACUUUGUAAAACCAACUUGAGUUUAAAGAACAAAGACGGAUAUUGCCUGUUCUCAGACUGUCCAUUUUUGUUUCAAGCAUGGAACAGGAAUAUCAAGUUCCGGAAUGCCCAAUUUGCUUUGGAUCCUAUGAUAAUGUGUUCAAAACACCUCUUCUGUUGCCUUGCAAACACACUUUCUGCAUGGAGUGUUUGUCCAAGCUUUGCGUUUUUCAGAAAGAGAUGGAAAGUUUUUGCUGUCCCAUCUGCAGGGCUAAGGUCACUAUCCCACAAGGGGGCGUCCCACAGCUACCCCCCAACAUGGACAUUGUCUCCCGUUACCCGCCAUGGAUGAAUCAGCUGCAGAAAGUGUGGAUAGAAGGGUCUAAACUUUGUUGGAAGAAAGAUAAUGGGGAGACCCACGUCGGCAGUACCAGAAACUCUUUGUCUCACUUCCCACAAGGGCAAGAGGAAAAUGUAAUUAUAACAGUCUUUCUACUGGGACCUGCUCAGCCCAGCUUUUCUCAGCCACAGAACCUGACUACAGUUAAUCGACAGCCACACUACCAUCGCUGCAACCUCAUGCUAAGGAAUUAUGGUUGCCUCUUGUGGAUCUUCACCUGCUGUAUUCUUUUACUGUUUUUUGUUGUGUUUUUUCCAACAUAUCUACGUGUUUAAAUCAUAUACGUAACAUGUGUACACAUGGCAACGGGACAACCUUCAGCCAUUCCUCACCAAUAUGACCUCAUUAAGAAUUUGCUUGAAGUUCAAUCCAUCCAAAACUGGUAUUUGAUCUGUGGUGGAUCCUGGGGGGCUAAUCUACCCAUCCACCAUUGCUGGUCCUUCCCCUUAUGGAAUCUCUCUCUUUCCUCUCCACAUUGUUAAUAAAGUUCGAAAAGUGGGUGGAGUUGGAAACUUAAGUUCAAGUUUUCCCUCCACUCAAGUCCCGAAGAGAUAUAAAUCCAUUAAGCAUCAGUCUCAUUGGCAUCUACCCUACACUGAAAUUCUAGCUUGGUUUGGACUAACCCUUUAAAUAAUAAUUACAUUUAAAUGACAAUCAUCUAAAUGGAAUUGUAAGAACAACCAUUGGAAAUUGUUUCAAGACACAGUAUAAUAAAUCCUAACAUCAGA